AUGGAAGCUUCAGGAAAGAGAUAUGCUGAACAAAUAUUGAAUCAGCCGCCAUGCAGUGGAGGAUAUUCCUCCAGCAAUCCAGUCAGAGUUACCAUACUGGCAAAUGAAUGGGGGCGGAGGUGGGGUUUCUUGGAAGGCAAAUCAAUCCUCACAACAGAGUUGUCCAAACAACUGGCAAAAUUCCCUCAUGCGAAAGUCUCUGUCUUGGUCCCUGAAGGUUCAUGUGAUGAACUUCACAAGACAGUUGCAAAAAGUCAUAAUGUUACCAUGGUUGAAGCAAAAAAACAACCUGGAUUGAAAGAUCCCAAUGACUGGCUGUACUUCCCACCAAAAGGCCUCACUACAGACAUUGUAAUUGGUGUAGGUGAGAGACUUUGCGAAGUGGCACAAAUUUUUAAGAAAUUUCACCAUUGCAAAAGUAUUUUUUUUGGUUGGGAUUCUUUUGAAGAAAGCCUCUCUAGAGACAGCAAAUCAAGAGACUCCCCGCCUGAGAUUGAAGAUGUUUGCCUAGGAAAAAGCAAUGUUCAGCCUAUGAUGCAAAUGGCUGAUCUUCCAGUUGCUGUUGGACCAAAGAUAGCUGACACACUUUCUGUUUCCCUCUCUCGUCAAGGAAAAGAAGUAUCUAAGUUGACUCCAGGUAUACUCAGUGAAUUUGCUGAUGUCACACAAACCCUUUGUGAUAGGAAAAAGUUUCGUAUCCUGGUGGCAGGUCAUGGCCACCCCAGGUAUUUUUACAAAGAAGGACUUGAAAUUGUUGCAAAAGCAGUUGCUGGGUUGAAGGACAGAUCCUAUGAGAUUAUUUUAGUUGGUGCUGCUAAAGGAGAACAUUGGGGAUUUAUUGAGAAAUUUCAUGAAUGUGGUGUACCCAAACAUCAGCUGAUCAUUGGAAGCCCUCCAAAAGAUGACGAAAAAAUGAAAAGGUGGCUCUGUGAAGCAGACCUUGCCAUUGUGCCCUCAGCUGAACAAGAAGUUGGAAUGUUUGGUCUUGCAGCCUUGUCAUCUGGCCUCCCUAUCCUGGUACAUGGUGCAUCAGGACUUGGUGAAGCCUUGAUAGAUGUCGCUGGUGGUUUGUCAUCCAUUGUGGAGUCAGAGGAUGUCAGUGAGUGGUCCAAAGAAAUUAAGAAGGUCAGGAACAAGGGUAGGACAUUACAGAUUGAAGAGGCUGAUUUACUGCGAAAAUGUUACAGUGAGAAGUACAGUUGGAAGGAACAGUGUGGAGCUCUUGUUGAGGAGAUGCUGAAGAUGGCUUCUGGUAUGAAUUUCUUCAAUGUGACUUGCAUGUGUUGGUUAAACAUGUAG